UUAGUAACACUAUUUGUCGAGGGAUUCCCUCCGUCUCCUCAUCGGAUACGGAAUUUAGGAAAAGAAACUUUGCGAAGCCUAAAGGCAAUUUAAAGUUGAGCUUUCACAAAAUUCUCUGCUGUCUUCGUUCUCAAAUCAGAAUCGUAAUUCUUUCAUUCUCUCCUUCUGUACAUACUUUUCAAUUCCCGGAUUAUUCUACAAUGGGGUUAUGGGAAGCUUUCCUCAAUUGGUUGCGAAGCCUUUUCUUCAAGCAAGAAAUGGAAUUGUCCUUGAUAGGACUUCAGAAUGCUGGAAAAACUUCACUUGUGAAUGUCAUUGCUACUGGAGGAUAUAGUGAAGACAUGAUCCCUACGGUAGGAUUUAAUAUGAGGAAGGUGACAAAAGGGAAUGUCACAAUAAAGUUAUGGGAUCUUGGAGGGCAGCCAAGAUUUCGCAGUAUGUGGGAGAGAUAUUGCCGUGCAGUUUCUGCUAUUGUGUAUGUUGUUGAUGUUGCUGAUCGUGAUAACUUGUCCAUCUCGAAAAGUGAACUUCAUGACUUGCUGAGCAAGUCCUCACUGAGUGGUAUCCCAUUGCUGGUAUUGGGGAACAAGAUUGACAAGCCAGAAGCUCUUUCUAAACAGGCUUUGACAGAUCAAAUGGGACUCAAGUCAAUUACUGAUAGAGAAGUGUGCUGCUUCAUGAUCUCAUGCAAGAACUCAACCAACAUUGACUCUGUAAUUGAUUGGCUUGUAAAGCAUUCCAAGUCGAAGAACUGAGAUGACAAUGUUUUUGCAAUGUGAAGUAGCUGUUAAGAUUUGAAAUUCUGGGUUUGCAGUGGUUGGUGGUGGGAUUUUUUCUUGCCUAACCAGGUUUUGAUUAUCUGAUCAUUGUCUUGGUUUACAGUUACAACUAUAUUGGAUUUUUCAGAUUGCUUCCCCUGUGAGUUGGAGGACUUGGGUUUUUAUUGCACUUAGCGUGUCUAAUCUCUAUUGGACUAUGGAGAUGAUUGGAUUGAUUAUGUAUUCAUACUAAUUGGUGUGAACAUAAUUUCCUUUGAUGCC